AAACCUGCAAAUGAUCAAUUGCAAGAUCACAUACGUUCUGGAGAAGUUUUGGAAGAUGUUCACAAAAAGAAAUGGAAACUUGGAAAUCCAAUUAGAAAAGGAGGAUUCGGACUCAUUUAUCUAGCUCAAGAGUUAGACGAAUCUAACAACAACACCGAAUUUCCUCAUGUUCUAAAAAUUGAACCACACGGAAAUGGUCCAUUAUUUGUGGAAAUGAAUUUCUUGAUGAGAAACGCUAAACAAGAUGAUAUAUCUGCGUUCAUGAAGGAGAAUAAAUUAAAAUCUUUGGGUAUGCCGCGCUACAUUAGUUCAGGGUCUCAUACAAAUAACAAGGAAAAGUAUCGUUUCCUCGUGCUGGAACGGUUUGGAGACGACAUUUCGAAGUUAUUUUUAUAUUGUAAGAACGAAUUUCCUGUUGUUACUGCUUUUAAAGUUGCAUUACAAAUGCUUGAUGUCUUGGAAUAUAUACACAGUAGAGGUUAUGUUCAUCGUGAUAUAAAAGGAGCGAAUAUUUUGUUAGACUUAAAAGCUAAAAAACAAAUUUAUCUUAUGGAUUAUGGGUUAACCGGCCGUUACUUUACUGGAACAAAAUUUAAGAGAGAUCCGAAAAAACCUCAUGAUGGUACUCUUGAGUAUGUAAGUCGUGAUGGUCAUGAUGGCGUACAAACUCGCAGAGGAGAUUUAGAAGUUUUAGGAUACAAUAUAAUACAAUGGCUUGGUUGUACUUUACCAUGGGAAAAAGUUAAAAAUCCAGCAGCCGUUCAAACAUCGAAGUCAAAGUAUAUGGAUGAUAUCCCAAUUUGAUGGAAACAUGUUUUAAAAAUAAAGACCCACCCAAGGGUGUUGUAGAAUAUCUUGUUUACGUAA